CCUCACUACAUUACACUCUGGGAGUGCUCGGAUUCAGACCUGUAUUCUCACGGAGAAUAAUCUUCUGUGUUCUUCGGCACAAUUUGAAUCACUCGUCACCUUGGCCGGCCAUGGUUUGAGCCAAGUCCGGUUCUGACGGUUAAUUCAUCAUGAGUGUUCUUCUAGAGACAUCUUUGGGCGAGAUUGUCAUUGACCUCUUGGUUGAGAAUGCACCUAAAUGCUGUGAGAAUUUCCUAAAACUUUGUAAAGUCAAGUACUACAACUUUUCGCCCAUCCACACCGUCCAGAAAGGCUUCUCUUUUCAAACGGGAGACCCGUUAGGACCUGACUCUCCUGACAGUGAUGGCGGCAGCUCGAUAUGGGGGCUUUUGUCCGGAGCCUCCAAGAAGAGUUUCAUAGCAGAAAUUGAUCCGAAAUUAAAACACACUCAGCGCGGCACGGUUAGUAUGGCGACAGUGCCUUCGUCCAAAGAUGCUGAUGAGCGGCUCGCCGGUAGCCAAUUCAUCAUAACACUUGGCGAUGAUAUCGACUCCUUGGACGGCAAGGCCGCUCCCUUUGGCACGGUUGUGGAAGGGUUCGAUACACUCGAAAAAAUUAACGAUGCUUUCACCGACGGCAAUGGCCGACCUCUGAAGGAUAUACGCAUACGCCAUACCAUCAUACUGGAAGACCCUUAUGAUGACCCUCCGGGCCUGGCCGUGCCAGAUGAAAGUCCUGCUCCUUCCAAAGCCCAGCUCGCUACCGUCAGGAUUGCCGACGAUGAAGAGUUGGCUGAUGAUAUGGAUGAAGCUGCCAUGGAGAAGUUGCGAAGAGAGCGCGAGGCACGAGCCCAGGCGCUGACUCUUGAAAUGGUUGGAGAUCUCCCUUUUGCGGAAGUCAAGCCUCCAGAAAAUGUUCUCUUUGUCUGCAAGCUGAACCCAGUCACACAUGAUGAAGAUCUCGAAUUGAUUUUCAGCCGGUUCGGGAGAAUUCUCUCGUGCGAGGUCAUUAGAGAUAAACGGACUGGUGACAGCCUCCAAUACGCCUUCAUUGAAUUUGAAAAUCAAAAGGACUGCGAACAAGCAUAUUUCAAAAUGCAAGGCGUCCUGAUCGAUGACCAUCGUAUCCACGUCGACUUCUCACAAAGCGUGUCAAAACUCUCCAAUGUGUGGAGAGAUGCUACAAAUUCAAAGAGGGCAAAGCGAUCCGGAGGAUUUGGUGGGUUUGACAGUCUGGAAAAGAAAAGCCACUACCGGGAGCAGUAUGGGGGAGAGCGAGGUGGACGCGACUACAGAAUGGUCUUUGACAAAGAUGAUAUCCGUCGGAAUCGCGAGUCCCGACGGUCUAGAAGCCAGAGCCCAGCACACAGUCGGAAUGAAGCAGCGAGCGACAGAGACAGACGCUAUCGUGAUGACCGAACGGACAGAGAUCUGGGGCGCCAUGACGAAAGAGAAAAGGGACGGGAACGAGACCGAGAUAGACACUAUCGGAAAUCAGAUCGAGAUAGGGACAGAGACCGUGAUAGGGGCUGGAAGGGUAAUUCUGAUAGGAGAGACAGUCGCAGAUGAGAGUCUCUCUCUCACAUCCUUUUGGCGGUAUUCUGGACGUGUAAUAUGUACAGUAGAAAAAAGAC